AUGCUUCGUCUAGCUUGUAAGCAAUUAUCACGUCAAUCUUUCUCAUAAAAAAUGAAAAUCUAUGAACUUUUAUUCGAAAGAGGUUUAAAAUUCUUUAAUCUAAGUACCAUACAAAAUUUAAUACUCUAGAUCAAUAUUAAAACGCAAUAGAUUAAUUUGAGAUAUGCAUGUCUGUGUUUGCAGAAGCCAAAUAGUCAAAAAGAUGGGAGGAUACUAAAUUCGAAGAUUUAAAUUGUAGACAUUACCCUGAACAAUAAUAAAUAAGAGGUAUACAUUUUUAAUUAACAUUGCUUUUAAGACCAUUGGAAAAAGUUAUUGGAAUUGAUGGGUAAAUGCUAUUACAUUUUACGUGAAUAAGCAGCUUGUACUAAGAUGUGUGAUUAUUGGUAAUAAUUAAAUCCUCUUUGUGCAGGUGCCUUUAUUUUAAGAGCUUAGGUACUUAACUUUUUAGAUAAAUUAGUCUCGGUUUUUAUCAGAGUAAGUAACUCAAUUAGAUUGUGAAAUGAUUUGUAAGGAUUUAAAAUUUGCUUAGUAAUUGGAUCCUCUUAAUGAAGGCAUAACAAAAGUCUACGAAAUGGUUAAAGCACAAUUAAAAAAGUUUGAAGAAUAUGAUAGUGACAAAGAAUUGUAUGAUUAAUAAGAAACUUCUCAAUAUGAUGUCUAUGAAGAAGAGGAUUUACCCUAAGAUUUCAUGGCUUAAUUUGCAUAUCAAGAUAAUGACUAAGAGCUUAGUUAUGAAUUAGAUCCAAAGAAACCAAUACCUAAAGAAGUUUAGGAAUUAGGUAGAUUUAUUGAAACAAGGGGAAUGGAAAUGGUGAAAACCUAUUAAUAAAAUGGUUAGAUGAAAGAAGCAGAGGAUUUAAAGGAUAAAUUAUAAAAAGCAUUGAUAGCUAAGAAAUAAUUAGAGAAAAUAUCUCAAUUAGAUUUUAAUAGACCAAAAAAAGUAAAGUGUAUAUCUAUUUAUGAAAGAAAUUAUAUCAAUUUGCAUAAAAGUUUGGUAUAGAUUUAUUGGAUCAAUAAGUGUAGAAUGAAUUUAAGAGAAUUUAAGAAUAGAAUUUGGAAGACAUUAGAGAAUGGUUAAAGUAGAAUUAGUGGAAUUUUGUAGAUAAAGCAACAUAGAUUCAAUAAUAAGAAAAAGCUCGAUAAGAAUUGGCUAAAUUAUAAUUCAAGAGAAAAAUUAUACCUUAAAAAGUAAUUGUGAUGAGAAUAAUUUUAGCAUGCAAAACAUAGAUGUGUUAAGAAGGUUACUCUAUCAAUGUAAUAAAGUAAUUCAAGUCCAAUUAUGAUGAAUAAAAAUCUCUCAAAUGAAUAAACUAGUUCUACAUUGAAUAAUUUAAGUAAUAUUAAGUAUAUAUAUAGCUUAAAAUGAAGAUGAACCUAUUUGUAAUUUGAAUUGUAUUAUAAACUUCUCUAUUCUACUGCUAGCAACAAUAACAAUAAUAUCCACAAUUUAUUAUUCAUUUUUAGGAUGA